CCACUACUACCUAUACACCAUGAGCCUCCCCGACUACGCUACCAACCCCGACGCCGUGCUCGGCGACGAUGCCAAGUGGCGUCUGGGCAGGGCCCCCGACUACUCCAAGACCCGCGAGGUCUACCGUGCUGGCAAGAAGCAGAACCACAAGCCGGGAUCGCUCGAGGAGAUUGUCGAGAACCUCGUCAAGAACUGGGAGAUUGAGGCGUCCUUCAAGACCGACUACAAGGACUGGCGCACCGUCGACCAGGAGGUCUACACCUUCUCGCUCAACGGCGGCCCGCCCUCGACCGGCCCCGACAUGGUCCGCAUCGGCACGUACAACGCGCUCCUGCCCGACUCCAAGUUCUACAGCCCCAACCACAACGACUACGAGCAGAGCCACAAGAUCUUCAAGCGCAUGAUGCCCCGCUUCGCCUGGGAGGUCACCGAGGUCUACUCUGGCCCGCCUGUCGUCGCCUUCCGCUGGCGUCACUGGGGCGAGGUGAAGUUUGACUAUGUUGGCCGCAACGCCGAGGGCAAGAAGGUCCGCGUCAAGGCCCACGGCGGCAUCAUUGACAUUGAGGGCGUCCUCGUUGCCAAGGUCAACGACAAGCUCCAGAUCCAGAAGAUUGACACGUGGUACGACCCAUUGUCCUUCUUCCGCGAGGUCACCAAGGAGGGCCAGGAGGUCAUCAUUGAGGACGACACCGGCUCCGACUCGGACAAGAAGGAGGGCGGCUCGUGCCCCUUCAUCCACUAGGUGCAGACGGAUUACGACGACCAGGAGAUUUGUGACGACCCAGCAGAGUGACGAGUUGUAGACGGGCGGUGACGGCGGCGGCGGCGGUGGCUAUAAUUGAUAUCCCCAGAGUGAUGAUGAUGCAACCUUGCCCCA